AUGGUUGCUCUAAAGCUCUUUCACUCAGACCGGAAUUCCUCGCGGCCAUCAACCAGUCCUGGAUAUGCGCCAGAUGAAUUGUACUUUGGCGAGCUUUCUAGAGAACCUCAUCUCGAUUCUGGUCACCUAUACCCGGCUCCUCCAUCACCGGCACUUCCCUCCCCCGUUCUUAAAGUAGGACGGUCUUUAGAUGUCUCUCAUCAUUUUGAGCAGAUUGAAAAACAAUUCGAAGAUCUACAUCAGAAUCUCGGUCCGAGACCGCUAUCUUCCCAAUCUUCUUUGGCACCGGAUGUACCGAAUGUACCGGAUCGCCGUUUAGCUCCAAGAGCACCCAAUCGUCGGCAUAUCGAUUUGAUGGAUGCUCUUGCCUCCUCUGAGCAAUAUCGCCAGGAAUCGAGCCCUCCUCCUAUCUCGCCACCUGCCAGUCUAUACAACGAAGAUGUUGCAGAACGGAACAUGACCAGGUUCCUUCGGAUCCAGCACCGGAGCGGACUGGCAAACUCUCGAAUAUUAUCCGCAUUAUACCAGGAGGACGUUGCAGACAGAAAUAUUGCAAAAUAUGGAGGCCCAACUCGUUCAUUGUCAGCAUUGAGUUCCCGGUCUUCUCCUCCUGCGCCUGGCAGAGUGCGUAGAUUGAGCCCGGAUGCACAGAAACGCAAUCCGAGGAAGCCGAACUGGACUUCAGAUGGAGACUUGCGCAAUCGGUCAUCACCGGACGAUGCCUCUUCGAGGGCUUCAAACUCUAGCAAUCACCUACGUUUGCAAAGAUCAGCACCAAGCUUGUCUGCUGAGGGAGAUGAUUCUGAAGACGAAGGAGCCGUGCCUCCAGUAAUUCAACGCUUAGGUGUCCCGCCUGCUUUCAAACAAGGAAGGCGAUGGAGCAAUACCCCGUUGCCAGACAGCCCAACCUUGCCCCCUCCAGUAGGUGAGGGUGAUGAUGUCGGAAACAACAAACGCAGCAAAUCAGAGACACCCCCGCCUGUUCUUCAGCCUCCUUCCCCAACCGCUCGGAGCUCGUCUUUGGGUCUGAGGAGUAUCUCCCCACCACCUUCUUCGGGGUCAGCAUCAAGGAGAAAUGUGCGAGACCUAUCAAUUAACACCCAGUUGGCCUCGAAGGGCCGGCCGAAAAUUGGGCAUCGAGCUAUUCAGCCUCCCACGCCCUCCAGCAAUACUACUAAGCGAGCACCUAGCAUUGCAGAGGUCAUGAAUAGUCCACUGCCUGUGCAAACACCGACUUCUGCUAUUGCACCCUCGCCUCGUUUCAAGGUCUCUGAGAUGAUGGAUCUGUUUAAACAAGCCUACAUGUCUACUCAUGCUCUGAGUUCUCACCCGACCUAUGAAUCUCUACAAGAUGCAAUUGUCCGUGAAAUAAAUUCUCACGAUGCAUUUAAGCGUGUGCCUGUUCCUGCUCCCGUUGGUCCCCUAUUCACCCCGUCAGAUGAGGCCUCAUUUGUUUCUGCGCACCCAGGAUUGAACCGCAGUGCAUCAGCAGGCCAAUUCUCAAGAAUCAUGAGAAAGGGCUCCUUCAAGAAACACAAGAGAUAUACCGAAUCCAGUCGCAGCAUCUCUACAAGCGUACCUUCAAAGGGAUAUGACCGCCUUCUCCGUAGGGUCUCCGGCUCUCCUACUCGACGCAGGCACACCGAUGCCCCAGCCCCGUCACCAGGCCUCCUGGCUGAUUUCCAAAAGUCCAAGGAGAACGCCGUGCCUCAGACUUCAUCUGGAGAGCAGCUUACAUACAUGGACGUUCUGAUCCGGGCCGGCAAUGAUCAAACCGGAUCCAAGAUCCAAGCUGCCUCCUGUCCCAACAUCACGGGCACCCGCUCUGCUACCCCGGUUUCCACGGUGUCCAACCCCUUCGGAACCGUCUACUGUAUGCAGGCACACUCCACGCCAUCUAAGGACAGCAGAAGCAGCAUGUCGAUGGAGGACGACGAUGACGAUAUCAUCCAUCUUCCCAGCAUCGACGCCCCACCUCCCCGGGUGCAGAUCGAAGGUGUGGAUGAGAACAACGUCCGCUAUGUGAUUGACGGUGCCACCGCUACCAAUGCCCAGAACCUCAUAAGCUGGCCGCAACGUCUCCGCCGCGCCCAACCAUCCCAGUCUUUCUGCGAAAACAGCCUAUCCCCGCUUUCCCGCGCGAGGAUGCAACUUCGUGGAGCUCGCUCUGUCGAGACUUACUAG